UGUCGUCCAACACGGCUGUGAGGCGUUUUCGCUCAGUCCCUCGUCCCUCGUCUCCCCUCGUCUCCCCACCUGUUCCGCUUGGCACGCACACUCGACGCCUGCGCCGUCGUCGUUGGUAGCCCACAGCACGCCCUUUUCUUCAUCACGCCGCCCCAUCUCUCUUUGCACUCUGUCCAUCAACCUCUUCUUGCUCUACGCGCGCUACUUUAGCUGCCACUCACGCUCUCUACAUCCACCCACACUCGUUCAACCCACCCCAUCCACCACAAUGGUCGCCGUCACCGCCCUCUUCGCCACCCUCAUCGCCCUCGCGUCCUCUGUCAACGCCGGCGUCUACAUCACCAACCCCACCGCGUCGUCCAUCGUCGAGGCCGGCCAGACCAUCAACGUCACCUGGCAGGACGACGGCGCCGGUGCCAAGCUCGCCGACAUUGGCCCCUCGUCGGUCGACAUUGCCGUCGGCUCGCCGCUCACCCAGGUCGUCGUCCAGAACCUCGCCUCGGACGUCGACGUCUCCAAGGCCCAGACUGUCACCGCCACCAUUGACCCCACCAUCGGCCAGGACGGCCAGUACUACUUUGUCCGCGUGACCUCGAACUCGCUCCGCAACGGCACUCUUCCUUACCAGUCGUUCUCGGGCCGCUUCACCAUCCGCGGCACCAACGGCACCUUCACCCCCGACCAGGCCGCCAUUGUCAACUCGAGCACCUCGUCGGUCAGCCCCUCGGGCACCGCCGCCGCCAACUCGACCUCGUCGCUCCCCAGCGGCUCGGCCUCGGCUUCGGGCUCUGCCUCCGCCUCGGGCUCUGCCACUGGCUCGGCGAGCCACUCGGCCACGUCGGGCGCUUCGGCCUCUGUCUCGUCCGUCUCGCACGCCCCCUCGGCUUCCGCCUCGAACAAGCCCAGCGGCGCCGAGCAGCUCCUUGCCCCCGCCGGCCUGGCCGUUGCCGCCGGUAUCGCCGGCUGGAUCGCCCUCUAAGCUGGCUCUGGUCCGACGAUAAAGCACUAGAAGCACGUCCUCGGCGGAGGCUGAGCGCAGGCGCAGGCGCAGGCCGUAGGCUGCGCGCCCCGCACGCCCACGCCCGCCUGGGUCGUCCGACACCACACCCCUUCUCUCGCUCAGACCUAAUCCAUAUACAAUCUGAUUCGGCCAGUUCUGUUCUCCCUCCUC